AUGAGCUGCAGCAUGGAUCUGUACAGGAACAAUGAAGCCUAUACUUAUCAUCGCAUCACUUCUACGCCAACCAAAUAUAAGCAAAACAGAAACCGUCGGAAUUCCAUACCUCCAGCUCAAACUCCUAAAGGCAAGCACAUGUUGGCAUACCUCCCAAGGCUUGUAAUGGACACAGGCCGAUAUGGAACAUUUUCUGUAAAGUCAGAAACCAAGUUGUUACCCACAUUUGAGGAAGUACCACAGUCUCCACAAAGUGGAGAAUCACCAGCAUCUGGGAGUACCAGUGUCAUUUCAAUCUUGGGCUGCAAGGAUUGUGAAGAACACACAACUAGCAAUACUUCAGCACUCCUGCACUGUUCCAGUCCAGAUAUAAACUGGCAGCUAUCUGCACCCAACUCAACAAUAAAGCCCAGGUUAAGUGUGGCCACUGAUGUGGAUGAAUGCUCGAGAUGCCGUCAUAUAUUACCCAGAAAGGCAAUUUUGCAUGAUAUAAACACCAAGUUGUCCCCAGCAAAUGCUGCUAGCCUACCCAACCUCCCGAAUUACAGCCGCAAUAUACGACCUACAAAAAAUAUCUUAUCUGUUCCCACAUCUCCAAAGCAGCGAUGUAAACUGAUAGAUGACACCCAACAACUCUUCAAAAUUACAAGUCAACAGAAGCGACAGCGUUAUGUAAUGAAAGAUGGCAAAUGCCAGGUGAAUCUUGGUUACAUCGAGGAAAAACAAAGAUUCUUGUUUGACAUUUUCACAACAAUAGUGGACCUGAAGUAUCGGUGGUUUCUCUUUGUCUUCAUGAUGUGCUACCUUGUGACUUGGGUCAGCUUUGGAUUUUUCUACUUCUUGGAUGCUUACUUUAGAGAUGACAUCAACCAUGUGGGGGAUGUUGAUUGGAAACCUUGCUUAAAUAAUGUAGAUGGCUUCAUCUCUGCCUUACUGUUAUCUAUUGAAAGUCAAAGGACAAUUGGUUAUGGCUCCCGCAUGGUGACAUCAAAUUGCACAGAAGGGGUCAUUUUACUCAUAGCUCAAUGCAUUGUUGGUUCCAUGAUUGAUGCCAUGAUGGUGGGCUGUGUGUUUGUGAAGAUCUCACGGCCUAAGAAGCGAGCUGAGACUCUGAAGUUCAGCAAGUAUGCUGUGGUAUCACCCAGGGAUGAGACCCUUUGCCUGAUGUUUAGAGUUGGUGACCUAAGAGAUAGUCACAUGGUUGACGCAAAGCUAAGAGCCAAGCUCAUCAAAUCUAGGCAAACGAAAGAAGGUGAAUUCAUACCUCUCGAGCAGACAGAAAUUAACCUUGGUUACGACACAGGGAAAGACCGACUCUUCCUGGUAGAACCACAGACCAUAAGCCAUGUUAUUAAUGACACCAGUCCUUUCUGGGAAAUGUCUGCUGACUCCUUGAAGAGAGAACAGUUUGAAAUUAUUGUAAUUCUGGAAGGCAUUGUUGAAUCUACAGGAAUGACUUGUCAGGCUAGGACAUCCUACAAAGAAGAUGAGAUUCUUUGGGGUCAUCGUUUUGAGUCUUGCAUCUCCUUGGAGAAAGGUGCAUUCCGAGUUGACUAUAACAAAUUUGACAAGACAUUUGAAAUCCAGAUGCCACCAUGCAGUGCAAAGGAUAUACAGGAAGCAAAAGAAACAGAGACAAAUUACCUAUCCUCAAUCAAUCUAUACUGGGAUCAUAUAAAUCACUCCUGUGCCAAAGAGCAGGGCCAUAACUUCACUGGGAAUCACAACAUUGCAGAAGAAAGAAACAUGAAAGUCUUGGAGAAUUAAUAAAAAAUGAAAUAACUUGUGUUCAACAAAAAUCACAUUUUGAACUCAAGGGACAAAAAUAAAAAGGUCAACAAUGUUUAAAACACUCUGAGGCAAAAGUACCUGAUGUGUACAUUUGAA